ACUAACAUCACUAUCAUAUCCCAAAAUUUCCAAACAUCUCCUCUUUUCUUCUUCUUCUUCUUAACUAUGACCGGAAAAAGAAGCCAAAACAGCCCGGUUGGUAGCCCGUUAUCGGGCAACGUGUCCGAUAACUCCUCCAAAGAGCUAGACAAAUUCCUCCCUAUAGCCAAUGUUAGCAGAAUAAUGAAAAAAUCCCUUCCUGCUAAUGCAAAAAUCUCAAAAGAAGCCAAAGAAACUGUCCAAGAAUGUGUGUCUGAGUUCAUUAGCUUCAUCACAGGCGAAGCAUCGGAUAAAUGCCAGAGGGAGAAGAGGAAGACCAUUAAUGGAGACGAUCUUUUGUGGGCUAUGACAACAUUAGGGUUUGAGAAUUAUGUUGGACCCUUAAAAGGUUAUCUCAAUAAGUAUAGAGAAACUGAAGGGGAAAAAAAUAUCAUGGCUAGAAAUGAAGAACCUUCUAAAUCAACCAAUGAUAAUAAUAUUAUAACUAGUAGUAAUACUACUAUUAGUUAUAAUAAUAACAUUGGUGUUCAUGGUCAUGAACAUGUUACAAAAUUCGCAAAAAGACCUGAAUUUAUUCAGAGUUUUAAUAAUGGCAAUUUUGCACAAAGUUUUGGAGAUUAUGGAAGGGUUAAUGUCUAUGGUGAAAAUCUGGCUAAUUUUCAUGGGGUUGAAUGGUAGACUAUUUUGGAACUGUUAUUCAAUUUGUGUGUAUCAUCCUUGCGCAAAGGCCAUACUAAUUGUUUCCAAUUUUAUCAUAUGUCCCCGAGGGGACUAAUGGUUGACUUAUUUGGAAAGUAAGGUUAAAAAGUGUCCUUGUUUCUUAACUUAUUGCAUAACUUUUUUUAUGUUGUUUUCUUUUUCAAAUUAACACAUUUUAUGUACCUUUUAAAUGUGUUACGACUUACGCGUGAUAGCUGAAUUUAUAUAGGUCUGAUUAUGUAUCUUUCUUAUGUAAUGAAUGAACUGAUUC